GAAGCGUGGCGUCCGCACCUAUGCGGUCAGCGCAGAGACACCGUUGAAGGUUGAGACAUCGUUCGGGAACGACGUCAACUCCGGCAGAGCGAACGCCCAUGAGUUGUUCAUCAUUCCCGAGGUAGACGCGUUCUCGAGGCCGCCCACGGAGGUGCAGGUCGGAAGGCUGCUCACCUGGGCCCGCUCGCAGUCGGAGGACAUCAAGGUCCACCCCAGCGUCGUGGCGCGCGGGCAGUACCUGGCGACCUCGACGGCUGUGCCAGAAGGCACGCCGCUGAUCGGCGUGAGGUCCGGGGCGUUCCUGGGCGAGGUGCCCCGGCGAGCGGCCAGCGCCGCCGGGGGCGCUCAGGCCGUGGUCGAGGUGGGCGCGGACGGCUCGGCGGUGGACGCCGCCGAGGCCGAGUGCCGCCGGCUGUUGGCGGGCCUGGCCGAGCCCAAGCAGUGGCCGCUGCGGCUGGCGGUGAGGCUGCUGAAGGAGCACAACGACAGGGUCUCCCCCUGGGAGGACUACCUCGGCUGCGCGGCCCUGCGCCCGGCGGCCCCGCUCCUCUGGAGCGCGCAGCAGGCGAACGAGCUGCAGUACGCCCGGGUGAAGCUUGAGCUGCUGGACGCCAUUCCAGGGACUAGUUCUGGCCACGGAUCGCUUUUCAUUGACGCGGGGUCCAACAAGGACAGGCCCUCAAUGGCCGACAGCGUGGACAACGUCUGA